CAGACCCUUUUGCGAGACUAGAUUUUGCUUGAAAGAUAGCCGGUAUGUCUGAGACCAUAGAUAUCUAUGCCAAGACUGAGACUACUAAAAUUGAGCAACAAGUACAGCAGAAUUGUACACAAGAGCCUGUUGUUACCCCAGCCCUUAAAGGAUGGAUAGACGCUAAAGUUAUACAGCCAGUGUCUGUGGUGCAGGAAAAAGUAGAUGAGAUUAAAAAAACUGGAGACAUUGAUGGAUUAAGCAAAGUUCAGAUUGAGUUAAAUAAAGUAAAGGAAGAAUGUCAACGUCUAAAUGAAAGAAGUGAGACACAUAAAGAGGAGCUAAAACGCCAACACGAAGCAGAUCAUGCUCAUUUCAUUGUUGAAAUUGCUUUGCGUGGUGCUAGAAGUGAGUUUCAAAUAAAUGAAGUCCUCAAGAGGCUUGAUGUCUUGGAAAGUGAAAAAGAAAGAGAAGAGAGAGUAAUAAAAAGAAAAAAUCCAGUGCCAAUCACCAACAGACCUAUCUCAAAAAAUGAUUACAAUGACAGGUCAAGAUUGGAUAGUGGAGUUAGCCUGAACAGUGUUAACAGUGUUAAUAUAUAAUGAAUAUAUGCCUUUUGAUUUUUCUGCUGUAUAAUUAUGCAUUCUUCAUUUUUGUCUUCUACAAAAUCA